AUGCUGCGCGCCGCAAGGGGCUUGCAGAGCUGCUGGCCGGCCGUUGCCGCGCACAGGUCGAGCCAGCUCAGGGGCUUCACCGCCGUGGCGGAGAAGACGAAGUUCGGGGACCUGUCGGACGACGACCGCAUCUUCACCAACAUUUACGGCAGACAUGACCCCUUCAUUCAGGGGGCGGAGAAGCGCGGCGACUGGUACCGCACGAAGGACAUCGUGCUCAAGGGGCGCGACUGGAUCAUCGAGGAGAUGAAGAAGUCCGGCCUCCGCGGCCGCGGUGGAGCCGGUUUCCCGUCCGGCCUCAAGUGGUCCUUCAUGCCCAAGCAGUCGGACGGGCGCCCGCACUACCUGGUCGUGAACGCCGACGAGUCUGAGCCAGGCACCUGCAAGGACCGCGAGAUCAUGCGCCACGAGCCCCACAAGCUCGUCGAGGGCUGCCUGAUGGCCGGCGUGGGCAUGGGCGCCCGGAAGGGCUUCAUCUACAUCCGCGGCGAGUUCGUCAACGAGCGCCGCGCCGUCCAGCGCGCCAUCGAGGAGGCCUAUGCGAAGGGCUACCUUGGAAACAACGCCUGCGGGUCCGGAUACGACUUCGACCUCGAGCUGCACUACGGCGCAGGUGCCUACAUCUGCGGCGAGGAGACGGCGCUCAUCGAGUCGCUCGAGGGCAAGCAGGGCCGCCCGCGCCUGAAGCCGCCGUUCCCGGCCAACGUCGGCCUCUACGGCUGCCCCACGACCGUCACCAACGUCGAGACUGUCGCCGUGUCGCCCACCAUCCUGCGCCGCGGCCCCGAGUGGUUCUCGUCGUUCGGCCGCAAGAACAACGCCGGGACGAAGCUAUUCUGCAUCUCCGGGCACGUCAACCGCCCGGUCACGGUCGAGGAGGAGAUGUCGAUCCCUCUGAAGGAGCUCAUCGAGCGGCACGCGGGGGGGGUGCGCGGCGGGUGGGACAACCUGCUGGCGAUCAUCCCGGGCGGGUCGUCCGUGCCGAUGAUGCCCAAGUCGGUGUGCGACGAGGUGCUGAUGGACUACGACGCGCUGAAGGCGGAGGGGUCGGGCCUGGGGACGGCGGCGGUGAUCGUGAUGGACAAGAGCACCGACGUGGUGGACGCGAUCGCGCGGCUGUCGUACUUCUACAAGCACGAGUCGUGCGGACAGUGCACGCCGUGCCGCGAGGGCACCGGCUGGCUCUACGACAUCAUGAAGAGGAUGGUCAAGGGCGACGCGCGGCUCGAGGAGAUCGACAUGAUGAUGGAGGUCACGCGGCAGAUUGAGGGGCACACCAUCUGCGCCCUCGGCGACGCAGCAGCGUGGCCCGUGCAGGGGCUGAUCCGGCACUUCCGCCCCGUGCUCGAGGAGCGCAUCAUGCAGGCCUCCGAGCAGGCCAAGCGGCGCCUGGCGGCCUGA